AUGCUGGCCAUGCCACGGGGCGAUGCCGGCGAGGUUGGCGAGGUCGAGGUGGGCUUCGCUGCCGGCUGCGGCGCCGCGCCGCUGGCGGGGUCGGGGCCGGAGGACGCCGUUUUGACGGAUGUUGCUGAAGCUCCUGGGGGUGUUCGAGCGCUUCUUCUGCACGUCGGCCCGCUGCAGACCGGAACGUUGAAUCGUCGCUCGCCGGGGGCUUUGGCACGGCUGUUUGCUCGUGAACGUGAGGGAGGUUUAUGGGCCGUUGAGCACGGGGAGAGGCUGGUCGGGCCCAGACUCGCUGGCUUGGGGUGA